AUGGAGACCUCCUCUACAGCCAAACAGUCUGACCAGGAGGUUCCCAAGAAAGAAAGGACAGAUGGAGAGCCUGUGGUGUCUGACCGUAAGCAGAUGGCCAGGGAGGCGUUGGACAGACUGAACGUCUGGGAGCCCAGUGUUUACUACACCCUGGGAAAAGAGUCCUUCUUCAUCGCUGGUCAUGAAAUCUGCAUCCGAGAGUCUCUGGACUCCUACGGCGCCCUCAUCUGGCCGGGGGCGGUGGCUCUAAGUCAGUUCCUGGAGAAUAACCGGCAGCAGGUGAAUCUACUGGAUAAAGCAGUUCUGGAGAUCGGGGCAGGCACAGGCUUACUGUCUAUUGUGGCGAGUCUACUGGGAGCCUGGGUAACGGCCACCGACCUGCCCGAAAUCCUUCCCAACCUGACCUUUAACCUCUCUCGUAACUCCAAGAGCCGCUGCCGCUACACGCCCCAGGUGAGGGCCCUCACCUGGGGUCAAGACCUCGAGAGAGACUUCCCCUGUACUUCCUGUCGCUACGACUAUGUUCUGGCAGCCGAUGUGGUGUAUCACCACGACUACCUGGAGGAGCUGCUGGCGACCAUGCGCCACUUCUGCAGACCAGCAAGUGGCACCACGCUCCUGUGGGCCAAUAAGGUGAGGUUUCAGUCAGACCUGAGGUUCAAGGAGAGCUUUGAGAGUUGUUUUAAUACGACACUACUGACAGAGCUGAAGGAGGGGAACGUGAGGAUCUACAAGGCCACGGCACAGGAGUGA